AUGGCGUCUUCUUCUUGGACUCUGAAGGCGAACGUUUUACAUACAGCAUUAACCGCACACAUAGAAUACCAGGACAAGAAAGGAUAUUCUUGGUAUCAUGAAGAGGCACACAUCGGCUGGCGUAAGUUCCUGGAGGUGAAGGAGGGUGUCACUUGGCGAGAUAUCCUUCGACAUGUCAAUCGACCCAAGAAACAAGCACUUCAAAAGCUUGUUCGACACCCGAGUGAGAGUGGUUGGGCAUUGCCACAAGAUCAUGACCGCCAUUUCAUGAAGCUACCUCAAGAAGUCAGAGACAUCAUUUUCGGUUAUUGUGUAUCCGUUGAGGAUCCCAGAACUGUUCAACCAUUGCCGGUGACCUCCAAUUGGAAGACAUGCUGGAUGUCACCUCGCUGUGAUAUAUCCUGGUGGGAGAUACUUCCGUUGGCAUUCUUCAAGCGCCGAGACUCCAAGGGAACGUACACCGAGUUACGCCCGAUCUACCGUGCCAAAAUCGAUGCCACAUGUCUGCGCGUGAACAAGAAGUUCUUCAAGGAUGGCAACCACCUUUUGUAUUCCAACAAUACUCUCGAAUUCUUGAUGGUCAACGAGCACUACCAAGCAAGUCCUCCCUCCACGUACGACGGCGAAACUUUACAUCGUCCGAAUCCAUCGAAACCAAACGUAUCCGAACUUCCAGAUGGGUACAAUAAUACCAUAUUUGCCACCGCCAUCUCUGCAAUUCGAAACCAUAUCCCGGAACAAGAACUUGAUGGUUCGGUUUACUACGAUCAUUUCCUUCGAUUCAUCUAUAGUAUUGGCCCAAAGAAUGCAGCCUCGAUCAAGACACUGCAGUUCGGUGGAUGCCCUAACAUCCAUGAAUGCCACGACGGAGUCGACUGCUACAAAAAGUGUCGACAGGAUUUGCUGAACAGCUUACGCUUCUACAUUCCAUUCAUCAACGAGUUCUGUCCUGGAUUACGAAAGCUUAUACUCCGAGUUGAAGAUGAUUCGAGAUAUGGACAUGGAUAUGGUCGUAUGAUAACUACAUAUGGGCCAAGCACUUCCGAGGAAGCCAUGAGACCAUUCGUUGAGAAUGAGCUGAAGGCCAUCAGGAAUAUCAGUGAACUGGUGGUGAUGAAUAGAGGUGUCAAACUUGAGUGGGCCGAGGAUACUAUGAAGUGGUUCGCGGAUCGCGCAGAAGAGAGAAAGAGAUUGGAGUGGACCGAGGAGAAAAAGAGGAAGGAAGCUAAUGCCGUCAGAGCUGCCAAUAUCAUCUGCGGGUUCUGCGGCGAGUGUCACGUCUGGGCCGAGUGUACGAAUCUCUGCUCUAUCUGUGGAAAAUUCGGUCAUUUCUGCAAGAAGUGUCCUCAUUUGGAGGAGUUUGGUGGUAUCGUGGGCAGAUAG